AUGAGGUUCAAGACGGAGCUGAAGAACAUACGCACGUUCAACAAGCUGAUCGCCGCCCUGAACACGCUCGAAAAGAUCGCCUGGGUCCGCCUCGACGAUGACACGGCGCGCUUCACAGUGAUUCCCGAGACGGGAUCCCAAGUCUGGGCCUCCCUGUCCAUGGACUUCAUCUUCAACGACUACCACAUCCAGUCUGCCGAGCCCUCCAACACAAUCAACCUCGAACUGCCCCUCGGGCCUCUCCAGCGCGCCCUCAAGUCCGCCAUCAACAGCGACCAUGCGACGCUGCGCCUCACAAAGAAGGAUGGCAUACCUGUGCUGUCUAUGACCAUCCACACCACCCCCGAGCAGCGCUCAAACAACCCUCCGCCAGCGGCUGCAUUCCAAAACCGCCGCGGAGGCGCAGAUAGUGGCCACAGAGGUGGCGGCGGUGGUGACGAGUACGACGACGACGACCCCUUUGGCGAAGCCGACGUGGAGGCUCUCGAGCUGACGAUGAAGCGCGAGCGCGAGAAGGUGAUCACGCACGACAUUCCGGUCAGGGUGCUGCACCCGGACACGGUCGAGACCAUCAUGCAGCCCAAGGUGCGCGAGCCCGACGUGCACAUCCAGCUGCCCCCGCUCAUGCAGCUCAAGGCCAUCUCGGACCGCUUCACCAAGCUGGCCCUGACCACGUCCGGCGGCGGCGGCGGAGCGGGUGGCGCCCGGGGCGGGGCGGGCGCCGCGGGCGCCAACGGGCCGAAGCUGGAGCUGUCAGCCAACAUGCACGGCAGCCUCCGCCUGCGCAUCGCCACCGACGCCCUGGACAUCGAGAGCGUGUGGCGCGGCCUGGACAACCCGGAGCUGGACCCCACGCAGCUGGCCGUGCCGCUCGAGGAGCACCCCAGCACGCGCUUCCGCGAGGCCGGGCCCGACAGGUGGGCGACGGUGCGCGUCGACGGCAAGGACUGGAGCAGGGUGCUGAGCGUGGGCCGCCUCGAGGGCCGCGUCAUCGCGUGCUUUGCCGACGACCACGCGCUGAUCCUGUACGCGUACGUGCCGCAGUUCGACGAUGCCACUGCCGAGGAUGCUGUCGUCACCUACUAUGUUUCUUCGUACAGUGCUUGA